AUGUCCUUUACCAGUUUUAUGAGACGUCGUGGGUCAAAAUCGGCCAUCCAAGCGACUAUUGCUGAGACUAGUAUCCAGGAGUCGUUUGAGCCAGAUGAGUUCGAAUUCGGCUCGCAAUAUCAAAGUGUGGACGCAUUUGACGAUGUGAGAGUACUCAAUGACCCUGAUGUUGGUGCCGGAAAUGGUAAUGCAGCGAGUACUGGUUCAAGGAUCAUUUCGAUUAACACAGGGACAAACUACGAAAUAAGAUCUGAGGAGCUCGCGAUUUUGUCGACUUCGAGCUCCUCGUCGUCGGGGUCCCUACUGGUGGGUUCAAGUCAACAACAUAGUAUGAUAUAUUCGCCUGCGGCCAGUAAUUCACAACGGAUCGAUGAAUGGUGCUUAAGAAAUGAAUUAGAUGGGCUUACAGAUACGAAUGACCCGUUAGGUCGCUCCGCAAACUGCUCUAGGGUUCAGAAUGUAGUGGAUUCUUGGGGGCACAACCCGGAAGAUGUACCGUUGACCUCAGCUGGACCCAAAGGGCGUUAUGAAAGUCGAGGAGCUGGAAACUAUACUUCUGAUCUGCUGAAGGGCUUGAACAAGGAAGAGCUCUCCACGGUUAAGCAAUUGACAAAAGAGCUUCUGCCAUUGUUGAGAAACAGCCGCCGCACACAUUCUGUGUUUAGCAGUCGAUAUAGGGAUAUUCCUUCAGUAUUCCCGCAAAGAGAUCUCAUAAUCGCCUGCUCGCUGCGAUACAACAGCUCGGAAACUGACAUCCUAGCGCCGGCGAAACUCUCGGAUAGCUUCUCCACCGUUUGCCUAGACGAAGCUCGCUCUAAUACAUCCCUGAGCAGCAGGGCAUGGUUAGCCUGGUCUUUGGUACCAAGACUGACUGAAAGCGAUCUCAGGUGA